AUGGAGGCAUUUAGAGUGGUGAUCCAACCCAGCAUUCACCCUGAUUUACCUCCUCCUGCACACCUGUGGGGCCGGGCGCAGGGGGCCGCUGGGGUGGGCGGUUCCCACCUUUUGCUCCAAUUGUUGGCCUUUCUGUGGAUGGCGGCAGACGGCGGCGGCGGCGACAACUGGCAGCCGGAGCACAUGUUUGACAAGGUGGUGACGCCGAGUGACGUCGGGAAGCUGAACAGGCUCGUGAUCCCGAAGCAGUGCGCGGAGAGGUUCUUCCCGUUGGAGCCGGAGAUGGCCGACAAGGGGGUGGUGCUCUGCUUCGAGGACGCCGGCGGCGAGCGGUGGAGCUUCCGCUACUCCUACUGGCACAGCAGCCAGAGCUACGUGAUGACCAAAGGGUGGAGCCGCUUCGUCAAAGAUAAGCACCUCCACGCCGGGGACACCGUCUCCUUCCUCCGCGCCACCGCAGGCAGCCGCCUCUUCAUCGACCUGCACCACCGGCUUCCGCCUCCCGGAGUCGCACCCUGGGGAGGACAUACCGCCGCUGACCACCUCGUACGCUACGGCCGAACACUGCCGGUGCUUCCCCUGCAACCCAUCAUCGGAUCCGUUAAACAAACAGCUUCUGAUGACGACGACGAUACGGUGCUGGACUCGGUCCCAGUGGUCAUUGGCGCCGUGACGCCUACACCCAAGGCGGCGCCCAAGAGGCUGAGGCUCUUCGGAGUCAACCUGGAGUACUGCUCCGACCUGCCGCCGCCGGACUCCAGCAUGCAGCAACAACUCCGGCCGCUGGAGGACUAG